UCAACGUCGUCUUUGCGCAGCAGUUACGCAGCUGCGCAGUCAAAACAGAAAGUAUCCUGCUUGCUAAACUCUUUUCCAUGCGCCAUUCGUUUAUUAAUGUGCCAGGAUAUUUCGCAUCUAUUCUAAACAAAAAGGAACACUAAAUCAUUACCGGCUAGACGUUAUGGCAUUGCGGGCAUGUGGAUUUGUUAUUUUUCGGCGUUUGGUCCAGAAGCCUCCCCCUGAUAAUAUAGAGUUCCUUCUGCUGCAGACGUCCUAUGGGGAACACCACUGGACACCACCCAAAGGUCAUGUUGACCCUGGAGAGGACGACUUUACCACCGCCUUGAGAGAGACACAGGAGGAAGCAGGUUUAGGUAAAGAUCACCUGCGUAUGGUCGACGGCUUCCUGCAGAGGUUGCACUAUCAGGUCCGAGGAAAGGACAAAGAUGUCCUCUAUUGGUUGGCUGAGCUGCGUGACCCAAACACACAGGUCGUUCUCUCAGAUGAACACCAGGAUUACCGCUGGGCCAAACUAGAGGAAGCCUGCAAGCUGGCAAAAUACCAGGACUUACAGGACACACUUACAGCAGCACAGCGGUAUCUAGAAACACAGGGCAAACAGUAACAUUUACACUUGGUUUUGACAUUUAGACACUGACAGAGUUGAAUGCUAGCUCUCAUCUUUAUAAAAUUGUUUUAGGAUGUCAAAUUAAUUAUGGAGGACCUAAUGUGCUUUAUGAAAUUUGACUGUGAGAAUAGACAUUUGACUUCAAUCCUUUUUGCGUCUUUACUUGCUAAGCUGAAUUUAAUUUGAAUUCAUAAAAAGGUUGCUUCCAAGAAGUUAAAAAUAUUAAGACAAAUGCACAACCUUUAAAUCUCCACCAACAAGUAAAACAAAGCUGCCAUUCAUUCCCAAGAUUGUUCCGGGUUAGCUGUAAUGAUCUGUGGCAUACUGUCAAUUAACAUGGAAAAUCAUGUCGAGAAGCCCCACAAUAAAAAAAGAAAAA